AUGAUGCUCACCUUGACAACGUACAGCGACCUGGACAACUUGGAGUAUUUGAUAAUGGACAAGGAUGAACCUCAAGAUCUUUGUCAGCUGAAACAGUUGGUGCUAAGACCUGAUUACAUGAGAAUUGAUGAUCACAUUAUAGUUGGAACUAUUUUUCAUAGAGUGAUCACUUCCCUUCAAAUGCACAUACGAGCAACUCUACUCGAUCAGAUGCGGAGCAUCAUCCUCUCCGAAGUUGAGUUCGUCGCAUUGUUAACGUUGAGUUUGUGGUCGCAAAGAAACCUACGUGGCCAUGAGAAAGCGGAGCGUGUAGCAGGCAAAUAUCGAGCUCAGAUAUUCGAUGAUCUGCACAGGCACUACAGAGAUGAGCGGAAGAUGGACAACUACGCAAAUAGGUUCGGCGAUGUAAUGUGCCUCUUCGUUGACGCACAGAUGAAUGCCACCCGCAUAGGAGAGGACUUUGAACUGUUGAAGCUAUUCAAUAUGUACAGUAUUGACACCUAUAUUUACGACUGCUUCAAAGGUAAUGGAAAAGGAUGA